CGUGAUUGUGAAUGUAUACUAGUUAUCGAAACGUCCCGCGGAAAAGUGAAGUACAAAGGUAAUAAUAUUAUAGUUCAUCAUAUUUUGUUAUUAUAGCUAAAACGAAUUACUACUCAACUAGAAAUACAAAAAUUACGUAGGCAUUGUGAUAAAAUCAAUUAUUUUAAAAAUGAUCUCCUUAUUGAGAGAAGAACUGCCAGAAAUUGUGAGCAUUGGUGCGUUCGGGAAAAAUAUCAAAUAUGUCUCAUUCGAUUUAGACAAUGACCACGUCGGACUGCAGGAUCAGUAUAUGUCCACAGUAUUAUUUGGUACAGUCACCACAUCCGAAGAAUCAAAAUAUCGUGUUGUGAUCAAGUUAAAACUUCGAGACGAGAAAAUGAGAGAAGUUCUUAAAAUCGACUUUCAGUUCAAGAACGAAAUUACUAUGUAUGAAACAAUUAUACCAUUCCUAUUUGAAUGUCAUCGCUCAAUGGAAGCUGAUAUCGGGAACUGUCCUUCAGUUCCUCAAUUUUUCUACGGUCGUAAUAAAUGCGGUGAGUUUGUUGAAAAAGAUUUAAUAAUAUUGGAAAACGUCAAUCCUUUGGGGUUCCGAUUGAGCGAAGAACGUCUGUUCAUCGACUAUGAUCACCUCGUAAUUGCGUUACAAGCAUUGGCCAAGUUUCAUGGGUUGUCAUACACUGCAAAAUACAAAGACCCCGACCGCUUACACAAAAUUGUUAUGGACCUCCAUGACACACAGUUUGACGAGGAAGGGCAGUGGAUAUUCAAGAACAACGCAUUAAGUAGAUUUGGUAAGCGAGGUGUUGACCGGCUGCUUGAUCGUAGAGGUGACCUUUACCGCAACAACAAGCACUUUCGACGAUUUAACGAGCUAAUCGGCGAUGGAGACAACUCGCUGCGAUGUACACUCGUUCCCCGAGAACCGUUUUCCGUCGUGUGCCAUGGGGACUUCAACCGCAACAAUUUGUUGUUCCGGUACGACGGGGAGGGACUUCCGGUCGAUGUGUUGCUCUUUGAUUUCGGGACGCCUCGUUACGGUUCACCAGCGUUAGAUCUGUCGUUUUUCUUGUACAUGAACACGACGCAAAGUUUGCGUGAAAGUCGGUGGGACGACUUACUGAACGUGUACUGUUUGGCGUUAGCUGAUGCUGUACCGCCCGGCAUCCGCGUGCCAAACAGGGCCGCACUGGAAAUUGAAAUGACCAAGUGCGCUUAUUAUGGCUUUGCUCACGCAUCAUUUUUUUUACCCCAUCAGUUGGAUUUGAAUAUCAAUGAUAGAGGGGAAAUGGAUGAUGAAGAAACUUUGGAGUGGUUCUUACAGCUGGGUGGAGAUAUUGGUUCAGAUGUAGUGGCUGAUAUGAUACAACACAUCGUUGACAUGGAAUACACGAACAUGUGAUAUGGAUUUCGGUUUGUGUAAUAGUUCGGUAAUGAUCACCGUAUUCAUAAUUGCAUGUAUCUAGCUUUAGCUCGUUUUGGUUUUCAUAUAAACUAUUCACUGUAUUAUACGUUUUCAUUAUAACAAGCCAAUUUUUCUUAAUUGAAAUAUUGAGUUAUAGGUGUUAUAGCAUAUUAUCUUCCUAUAAAUAAUAAUGAAUUGAAUUAACAUUUUUUAACAAAGUUUGAAUAAAAUGAAAUAUAAAAUAUAUAAAAUAAAAUAAUUGUUGUGAACAAAAAUUUGUCAAUUUGAAUAAACCUGCUAACUAUGUAUUAUACAUUCAUGUUCAAAAUCCGGUUACAUGUAUUUCAACAAAGAAUUAUUUUUAACACAUGUGACUGCUCGAACAUAUUUAUCAUGUUCUCGAGAGUCAUGUGGCCGUCUCGAACAUUUCACGGUCACCAACCACGGACCUAGACCUGAAAGCCGGAGGGCCCUGGAUUUUUUUAAUAACUAUAAUUAUAAGAACUGGGAUACAUUUGAACCAGUAAUAGGAAAGGUUACCGACUGUGAAAUAAUAAACAUCAAUUUGAGGGAGAAUAUAUAUAUAUAUGUUUAUUUAAACAAGUUUAACUUUAAGUUGGUGCCGAGAAAGCCGUAGGCAUAAAACUCGGUCAAAAUAAAUGGUAAUAAUAUUAAUAAUGCAUUUUAAUAAUUGUAAUGCCUUUUACCAAUAAAAUAUAAACAAUACUCAUCACACGGUUCCGACGGAGCGGUUUACCGGCGGGAGAAUAACAAUAAUGUACCAUAAUGAUGAGCAUAAUAAGAAUAAUAAUAAAAUAGUAUACCUAAUAAUAAGGCCCUAAAAGUACCGGCCCCGGUGAGAAUAAUAAUAAUAUACAAAAAACGUUACCAACUAAAUAAUGUGAGUCCUGUGCCGCCCUUCGGUGCACCAGCAAAACGGCUUGCUAUUCGCUCACGGUACCGGUAGCUGAGACGGGCAAAAAAGUAGUGCUGGCUUUUGCUGGUGUCGGCCAGUACUUUGCGAUCUUUUGUGGCACAGAAACAGGCGAAAGGUGAGGGGGUCACACACGUGCAGAUAACAUGAGUGGCCGAUACUCUAAGCCAAGGGUACUAGGAGGGGAGCGUGUGUCGUACGGUGGUGCAGUAUUGGAUCGGCGGGGACUGAGGCACGCGGGAUAGUAUGCCUCAUCCAUCUCGUCGCAUGUCGCGCUCAUUCUGUACCUGCUAGUGCAAUAUUAUAAUAAUAUUGGUUUGUGUGGGACGUCACACACAAAUAAUAAAAAUAGAUUGACCAGAUAAAAUAUGACACGAGAACGCAGUCACCAGCUAUCGUAUUUUGGAGUAGCAAUGUAGGUCAUUUCGGUUCCAGUAAAAAAUUUAAAUAUUGAAAUCUUGAAUCUCUCUCGGAUAACUUCAUGCCGUUAGUCGUAAUCAGAUUUACAAUCGCAAUGUUAUCGAAAAAGCAAAACGUAGUGGUGUUGUUAUCGCCGUUAUCGCGUGCCAACAGAAACUACUAUGCGCGUGUACUUAGAUAGUUGGAUGAUAACCUUGGGUCACCGUUACAAAUACAUGGUCAAUGUCUAAAAUAAUAAUAACAGGUACCUACACUAAAAAUACAUCGAAUUAGUUAUCAUUAAUCACUGUGAUUAAACCGAAACCGUUGAGGGCGGCAAUGCCCAAUAAUUACGAUUCGCCAGUCCAAACCUUGGCGAUACGCACUUCAGUGCACAGUUCCGGCAGUGUCACUCCGACCACACAAACGCAAACACGA